ACAGCGCCGGUUUUCAGGUUUCAAAUAAACAUGGCCACCGCGCAGGCUGAGAGAGAUGGUGCUGGGAUUGGAAAUGAACAAAAUGAUGGAAGAGGCGAUGAAAAUCCAGAGACAAGCAGCGGAAAACCUUUCGAAAAUACCGCGGAACAGAAGCCAGUGUGUCUCAUAGUGCUUGGCAUGGCGGGUUCGGGCAAAACUACUUUCGUUCAGCGACUCACAGCUCAUCUGCACUCAAAGAAGAGCCCGCCGUAUGUUAUUAACCUGGACCCUGCGGUUCAUGAAGUUCCGUUUCCGGCCAACAUCGAUAUCAGAGACACAGUGAACUAUAAGGAGGUGAUGAAACAAUACGGUUUGGGCCCGAACGGAGGAAUCGUUACGUCUCUCAACCUGUUUGCGACGAGGUUUGAUCAGGUGAUGAAGUUCAUUGAGAAGAAGCAGCAGAGUCAUCAGUAUGUUCUGAUUGACACCCCGGGACAGAUUGAGGUGUUCACCUGGUCUGCAUCAGGAACCAUCAUAACCGAGGCUCUGGCCUCGUCUUUCCCGUGUGUGGUGAUGUAUGUGAUGGACACGUCCCGCAGUGUGAACCCCGUCACCUUCAUGUCCAACAUGCUGUACGCCUGCAGUAUUCUGUACAAAACCAGACUGCCCUUCAUCGUGGUCAUGAACAAGACAGAUAUAAUCGAUCACCGCUUUGCCGUGGAGUGGAUGCAGGACUUUGAGGCGUUUCAGGACGCGCUGAACCAGGAGACGUCGUACGUCAGUAAUCUCACGCGCUCCAUGAGUCUGGUUCUGGACGAGUUCUACACAAACCUGCGUGUCGUUGGUGUAUCAGCAGUAACAGGUUCCGGACUGGAUGAACUCUUUGUUCAGAUCACAGACGCGGCUAAAGAAUACGAGACAGAGUAUCGUCCUGAAUACGAGCGUCUGCAUAAAGAGCUGGCCGAAGCUCAGAGUAAAAAACAGCAGGAACAGCUGGAACGCCUCCGGAAAGACAUGGGAGAGGUUUCCAUGGAAACAGGUGUGCAACCAGACGUUCCUGACCUCAGCGGCCCCAGUGACCUCAUCUUCACCCGCGGGAAUCCGGACGAGGAAGAGGAGGACAUGGACAGCGACACGGACGACAUCGAUCACCAUGCUACAGAGGAGAGUAAAGAGGUCACGUCGUUUGGAAACUUCUUGAAGGACAGAAAGAAAGUGGUGGAGGUGCGAAACAGGAAGUCACAGUGACACCAGGAGGAAGUGCGAGUCCACGGUCCACUCCUUCACCCUUGACCUUGACCUUUGAACUCUUUACCACUGUAUAUUUAUCGCAUUUACAUUCUCUCGUGUUCUGUGCUGGUCGGUUCUGUGAUAGAACCCGGAGUCGGAUCUUAAAGCUCCGAGAUGUUCACAGUGUGGAGGAAUAAAUAUUAAAUAUUUUUAUA